UGUCGUGUGAACAAUCUGGAAUGCCAAACCGUGGACCACAAAAGGCGCGCGCGCGUGCAUCGAGACAGUCGGUUGGUCAGUUGAUCGGUUGCACAACGUUUUUGGAGUGGUGCUCCGGUUGAGUGUUUCAACAUGAUUUACUGAGAAUUCGCAAAGUGUGUGGUGUGCGAUCAAGUGUAUCGUCGUGCAAGUGUCUUGCGAUCAAGUGUUUUUCCAAUAAUUCUGUGUCCACCCUCCGCUAGGGCGUGUGUUUGUGGUGCUGUGCGUGCGAAAAAGAGGUUAAGGUUUCGUUAGAAAAAAAAAAUACGUUCGCCAUUUCUAAGGAUUCUACCCGUUUCCGAUUGGCGAGAGUCUUCCACGAUCGCACCGGGGGUUUGUGAGUGUUGUGUUUGGUGUGAAUCCCGUUCGAUCGUUCCCGUGUGAGUCCGCGGGGGGAGAAGAGCCGCCAAAAUGGCAUCAUCUUCCCAAGCCGGUGUGGCGGCUAGUGGCGGCAGCUGGAAGGCGACCAUGGCGCUGCUUGUUUGGAUUACUCUUCUGCUAGGAACCGCCGAUUGCCAGCGCCAAAAGCAGCCCAGUUUACAGAUACUACCCUCAUCGUCGGUACAGCGCAAACCGGUUGGCAACUCGCUGCUGCUGACCUGUCGCCCCGACGUACCGGACACCAAUCUCAUCUCCGAUCUCAGAUGGAACGACAAUCGCAACAUGACCAUCCUGCCGAAACCGAUGAACCUUUAUUCUCCCUUAUAUGAUUCGAAAGGUCGUAGGCUUCCGAUGAAAGCGGGCCAAUCAUCCCCCAUGAUCUACACCGAAUCGAUAGCCAGUGGGACGGCGUUGGCGUUAAUCUUCAACUCGCUCCAGGAAUCGAUGGCCGGAACGUACUACUGUGCGGCGUCCUACUCCGUCACCGAGAAGCUGAAUGCGGCCGUCGUCGUCGAGACAUACGUCGCCAUAACCUGGAAGGAUGCUCCGACCGAUCAGCGACCUUUGCAGGGUACGGAUUACAUCGUACGGUGCGAAGUAACGGCCAAUCCGCCAGCCACCGUCGAUUGGCUGCGUAAUGGAGACCAGAUUAAAUCCAGUGGCCGGUACGUAAUCGAAAACCGGGGAUUGCUCAUCAAAAACAUCACCGAGGCGGACGACGGGAUGUAUACGUGCCGGGCCGCCGUCAUGUCGACCGGUGAGCUGAAGAACCGUGAGAUAAGGGUCGAGGUGCAGAUCAUGCCGGAGGUGCAGCCGCUCAAGCCCGUGAUGGACGCCGUCGAGGGCCAAUCGUUCUCGGUCAUGUGCAACGCCACCGGUAAACCGGUGCCCGAGUUCCAGUGGAUUAAGCAAGGAACCCAGCAGAAUGCGGCCGAUCUUGAUAGGUUCUCUGUCAAUGCCAUUACCGGCCAGCUCGAUAUCAGCAAGGUGGAGCAGCAGGAUCACGAUAGCUACGCUUGCAUCGCCCGUAAUCCGGCCGGUCAGUCGGAGUCCGUCAUGAAGCUGAACGUUUUGAUUCGUCCGAAAAUCAUCGAGCUGAUCAACAUCACCGUUUCGGAGGACACGGAGGCCGUGUUCGUGUGCAAAGCCUUCGGACGUCCGGAACCGGAGAUUACGUUCCGUCGCUACGGUACGCUGGAAGAGUACUCGAUCGGUUUGCAGGUGAGCGACGAUCGGAUCGUGCUGGAACAAUCGGUGGACAUGGACAAGGGUGAAUCGGUCGGUACGCUGCGCAUCUCGAAGGUAACGACAACCGACGAUGGCCUGUACGAGUGUAUCGCUCGCAAUCGUGGUGAUAUCGCGUUCAAAGCUGGCCACAUUACCGUCGAGUAUAGUCCCAUCUUCGAUCACAUGAAGUCGCUACCGCCGGUGUACACCUGGGAGGAGCGACCGGCCAAUCUGAGCUGCUUCGCACAAGCCAUCCCGAAUGCAACGAUCGAGUGGCGCUUCAAUGAUCGUCGUGUGGAGGAGCUGUACGAUCAGAACAUGCGCAUCGAAAACCAUGGAUUGCGUAGCGAUUUGAUAAUCACUCCGCGUGAUCGGCGCUACUUCAACGCGUACAAAUGUGUCGCCCGGAACAAGCUGGGCACUGCGGAGCAUGUGAUGGAGUUGCGCGAAGCCCGUCGCCCUAACCAGGUACAGCAGGCGAAGGCUCGCAUCGUCAGUGCGACUUCGAUCACGUUCGAGAUAAUGCCACCGGCGGCCGAACCGGGACUCCCACUGACCGCGUUCUCGGUACAGUGGAUGGAGCAGCUGUACGAUGAUUGGAACCGGGCGGCCAACCGUACCUGGUCACCGGACAGUCCGUACAUCGUGGAGGGAUUGCGACCUCAGACGGCGUACAAGUUCCGCUUUGCGGCGCGCAAUGUUGUCGGCCUGAGCCAGUGGAGUGCGGACGUAUACCAAUCGACACCGAGACGCUCGGAACCGGAAACACCACGCAUCCUGCAUACGCCGAUUCAGGAUGAAGAAGAGGGUAACGAUCCGAUCGUCACUUCGCCGUACGCCGAUCACUUCGAUAUGCGGUGGAACAUACCGGUCGACAAUGGUGAGCCGAUUGAUAUGUACCGCAUCAAGUACUGCCCGGGCUCGAAGGUCAAUGGCAUCUGGACGGAGAUGGAGGAGCACUGCAUUGAGCAGGAUGUGGUGCGCAUGACCAACUACGAGAUGCGCAGCCUGCAGGCCGACACCUACUACCGGAUAGAGCUGAUGGCGCACAACGCGAUCGGUUUCUCGAAAGCGGCCCACGUACUCAUGAAGACCGCCCGAGAUAACUAUUACACUGGCAGUGGCAAUGUGCUCACUGGUGUUGGUGCCCAGCGGUGGUGGUGGUGGUGUUGGUGGUUAUGUUGUUGGUCAAUCGUCUUUUCAGCUCUGUCAUCAUCGGUGUCAGGCGUGGGGAGCAUCAGCAUCGCUCUGACGAGUGGCAGUAGUAGUGAUGUUACUAGUGAACACAUCAGCGGUAUCAGCAUAAAUUCUGUAGUGAAGUAAGGCCGUGUUCGUCGAGGACGUUGUUUGAAGCGAAACUGUGUAUAAUAUGCUGCCCAGUGAAUGCGUUUUACUGAGCCUUAUUUUUGUCACCCAUGAUUUUAGUACAAGAAAACAACAUUGCGUUCAGAGGAGGUAGUAAAAUAGUUAGAACAAUUAUGAAGCAUACAAACGUUGUUUUAGUUCACACUAGGAACAAAACGGAAGGAUUGCAUUGAAGAAAGGAGCACUUGCGGUAUCGAUAGGAAUUACGAAAAUAGUGUCAUCACUGAAAGCAAUGUAUUCCGCAACAUCCUAUUUACAGCCCCAGCUUAUUUCAUGCGAUUAUUGUUUGUAAAGAUUCAGUCAAUCAGUUUUCUAAAAUAUCUGGGGCUAUAGGGGGGGACAACAAGGCACACAAAAUGUAAACAGUCAUCAGUACCAUCGACAGCAAACUCUAUUAACAUUUUGAAGCAAUUUUGACUCCCCAAAGGAGGAGGGCGGCAGAAUCGAACGAGAUAAUUGCAGUUGUCUAAGAUCUUGGAUCCACCGAAAGUGUUUGAAUUUAUGGGAAAAAAGAAAAGCAUAAUUUUAACCCAAUCCUAUUGCAUGUGGCAGCGUAGAAUGAUGAGAAAAAAAAACCGUAUAUAUUCCACCGCAGACCACGAACUCGUUUUAGAGGUGAGUCUCACUCAAUUAUUCUAAAAUUCUAUAUCAAGUGACUAGAAACAUUGGUGUAGAUCAAUAAUAAGUACGGCGCUGGUGAAGGAAAGUGACAUGUGCUGCUGACCUUUUCGGUGGUAACCUUAUCUCCUAUGUUCAGUAAAGGUUUAGACUAAUGCUUUCAAAAUCGGGAUGAGAUUUUAUCGUAUUGUUCCUAACACAAAACCGCAUCAAUUAACUCGUACGAAUUGAUUAAGUUUGUCAAGCUGUAUUCGGAAGAAGUUAUUAACCUGCAUUGUUAACUGCUGGCGUGUUAGACAGAAGCUACAACAUUGACGAUCUCUCACCAUUCGCAAAACACUAAUGAGCUUACCUUGUGUAUGACUUGAGAAGGACUGUUCUGUGUUUUGAUACGAAUUUAUUUACGAUAUAUUGGAUGAACUAGUUUCCAAAACAAAAGAAAAGCCUUGAAUAUCCUAUCGCAAAACUAUGAAUUUAAAAUGACGCUGUGCUGCGUGUUUGAAACUGCAAGGAGGAAGUAGCUAUGAAGUUUUCUAAUUUAUCUUACGUGACAAGAAGAAGUUUAGUCCGCGGAAGGCGUAAAGUUUGUGAAAUCGAAAACUGCCCUGUUUAUACUGUUCGUACUGACUGACUGGUUAUACAACUUGAACGAUUCUGGAAAGGGUUUCAUUUCUCCUGAAAAUCAGCGAGGGUAGCUCAUAUGGGUUGGUUCUGUUUGAAGUUGCACUUAAAAUAGCUAAAUGUAGUUCACUAGAAAAGCAUACUUUUUUAUAUGUUGUGAUUGAAAACCGAUGAUUGUUCGAAACUUAAUGCGACGCAUUCGACAGUUAAUGCCCCAGUAAAGGGAUGUCGUAUCAUCGGUAGCAGUUAUAAAGUAAAUUGAUCAGAUGGCAAGUUGUGAACAAACAACAAAGCGGUUUUAUAUUCAAACCUUGCGUUACAUGGAACAAUGACUCUGUAAAUAAUCACUGCCAAUAGAUUAAAACAUUAGCUUGGAUCCUUUAUCGAUCGAUUAUGACCCAACGGAGCUCUCAUACGCGUCUCGUUAGCUCUGUUGCAGUCACCAUUUGGUUGUAAAAUAUGAAAAUUGAUCCCCAAACUACAGCAAAAUGCAGGUGGAUGUCGCGUGAUCAUUGCUCUAUUGAGUAGAGAAAACUUAGCACUGAAUCCAUGUUUUCGGAAGCCUAAAUCCAGUCUUCUAGGUGCAGCUCAAAGUUAAUGGUCUUUGGCGGUUGUUUAGUGAAGAACAUUUGGAAUUCCGAAAGCAUCUCCAUUGUAUGGAUUACCAUUUCUUCCUCCGUUCAGUUCCACCAUCGAGUGUGGUCUAAAGUGUGCUGUCGGUUCGAUUUUCGAAUGCUUUUCAAUUGAUACAACGUUGCUACGAAUGAGCCAACCUGAAAUACAAUCAAAAACCCAUAAAAAAGGAAGAGCGAUGUUUGCCAUCGCAACUAUGGCUCCAGCAAACGGAGCUGCAAAAUGAACUAUUAGUUUUGACUUGUUCCAUAGAACCCGGAACGUAUAGUAACCCCUUAAGUAAGGUUGACAUGCAACGCUCCGGAUCGACCGUGUGACCGUGAGGCGGUGGUACUCUAUAAAGUUCCUUUGUGAAGUACAAACAUUGGUUUUCCCAUGUUUCGCCCGAUUCGAUUUACUGCCGCCUUUUGCCACAAGUUAUCGUUCGAGAGCUGCGAGCUACCGGCGUGGCGUGUGAUGCCGGUUGAGAAAGUGUUACUGCACUGCAGUUCAGCUGCAGUGGCGGCGGCAUUGCAUGCUUGUUCGUCUGCUGUGACCUGUGGUAUGGAAGUGGGUUGCAUGUACUGGCGCUAGCUUAUUGACCAGGCAGAGUCAAGCUGUGCUGGGAGCCGUGGUCCCCUUAUCUAAGCCGUGUACAUAAACUACAGAAUCAAACUAAUGGUACGCACCAUCAAAGACAAUAAUGUAAUAUAAUUUUAAACUGCAAAUAUGUUCCACUGGAUCAACAGCAGCAGACAAACGGCAGAUCCGCGUGUGUCCCCUAUGUUGUUUGUAAGAAAGCGUGCGAGCGAUGGCAGAAGGUAUUGAAGUGAUGAGAAUAGAUUCCAGGAAGGGAGGGGCGGUCAGGAGAAAAACGCGCGAGCAAUUUCACAUCCUUACAACGAAAUCAAAUCUAAAAACCAUUCUCUCAUAUAUUGUUGGAAAAGUGUAAAUUACAUUCAAAACAUAUAUAAUCGACGAACGAAAACAGAAAACUGUUCAUUGACAGUGGUGGAAUGGUGGUUAGUUAAGAGAGAAGAUACGCAAUCGAUAAUCGAUAUGGUGUUUUCAAUUUUGCGUAACCAAAUUAAAAAAAAAAAGAAACAUGAACGAACUCUCAUAGUAGAAUAGAAUGAAUGUUAGUUAAAAGAGAAAAUUAGCAAAAAUGUUUAACAUUAAAAUGAAAGCCCCGUGGCACUGGGAGAAGAUGUUUAAAUCAAAAUCACAGCAACUAAAACCUAAUCACACAUUAAAAACGACAAGAAAGCCGUAUGUAAUACUUGUACAUAAAAGAAACUAGCUUAACAUUGUUGACAUGAAACACAGAUAACUAUACGCCCUUUGCAGCAGAAGGGUGCACGGUGCGAAAUA